AUGCCUAUCACCAACCGACAAGCCAUCUACGCCAACACGCCCUCCCCGGCAAUCGAUCCCUCCUUGUCGAACGGCACCUUCAAGAUCUCAACCACAACUAUCUCCGACAAUGUCCCCGAUGACAAAGUCCUUGUGCGCGUACACUACCUUUCGCUGGACCCGGCCAUGCGGCAAUGGCUCACAGCCAAGCGAUCCUACAUCGCCCCUGUCGAGCGUGGCAGCGUCAUGCGCGGUCAGAGUAUCGCUCAAGUGAUCGGCGUCGGAAGCAACCUUAAAACUCAAUACAGAGUUGGGGACUGGGUGAUCGCUUACUCCGGCUGGCAAGAGUAUGCCCUGCUGGGACAAAAGGAGGCACAAAAGGUGGUUAUUCCUCCGGGAUGCAAGCCGACCGAUGCAAUGUCGGUGCUGGGCAUGACCGGUCUGACAGCAUACUUUGGCAUGACGGAAGUGGGACAACCGAAGCCAGGGGAUACUGUCGUCGUCUCAGGCGCUGCGGGUGCAACGGGCAUGGUGGCCGGACAGAUCGCUAAGAUCAAGGGGGCAAAGAGGGUCGUUGGCUUGGCAGGCAGCGCGGAGAAGUGUGCUUUCCUGCGCAACGAGUUAGGGUUCGAUGCCGCUAUCAACUAUAAGGACAAGGAUUGGAAGAAGCAAUUGAAGGAUGCGACUCCGGAGUACAUCGAUGUGUUCUUUGAUAACACCGGAGGCGAGAUUCUAGAUGCUUGUCUUGCGCGGGCUGCGCGCGACGCUCGGUUUGCCAUCUGCGGUGCGAUCAGUCAGUAUAACUCUGCUAAACCGCAGGGUCCAGCUAGCUUCAUGACGGUCAUUUCCCAACGAGUGACUAUGAAGGGUUUCAUCGUCUUCGACUACGCUAAGAAAUACCCGACCGCACUGAAGGACCUGUCGGAAUGGCUGACGCAGGGUAAGAUCAAGCGUAAGGAACACAUUGUUCCGGGUGGAUUGGAGGCUGCGCCUCAGGGUUUGGUAGACCUGUAUGGGGGUGUCAACACGGGCAAAAUGAUGGUCGAGGUGGCUCCAGUGAGCGAGGCGAUUGGAACCAAGGCCAAACUGUAGGCAGCUGGCCUGUCGCAUGUAUAUAUCUCCAGCCUAAUAAUGAUUCGUUCAUGGCAUUUU